UCGUCGCCCCCUGUUUGCUGCGCGUUUCAAGCACCAAGUAGUCCCCUCGGCUCGGCAAGACAUGGCUGGAUAUCUGAAAGUGCUCAGCUCGGUGACGAGGUCCGCUUUGAGCAGAAACCCCGCAGUGCUCGCUCCGGCUGCAAAUGUCCAGACUUUGCAACAAAGGAACUAUGCCGACAAACGCAUCAAAGUGGCCCAGCCGGUGGUGGAGAUGGAUGGAGACGAGAUGACCAGGAUCAUCUGGGAGUUCAUUAAAGAGAAGCUCAUCCUGACCCAUGUAGCUGUGGAUCUGAAGUAUUAUGACUUGGGUCUGCCGUACCGUGACCAGACUGAUGAUCAGGUCACCAUUGACUCGGCCAUUGCCACUAAGAAGUACCAUGUGGCGGUUAAAUGUGCCACCAUCACACCCGACGAAGCCAGGGUGGAAGAAUUUAAGCUGAAGAAAAUGUGGAAGAGCCCCAACGGAACCAUCAGGAACAUUCUUGGCGGCACAGUCUUCCGUGAGCCAAUCAUCUGCAAGAACAUUCCCAGGCUGGUUCCCGGCUGGACGCAGCCCAUCACCAUCGGCAGACACGCUUUUGGUGAUCAGUACAGGGCAACGGACUUUGUUGUGGAUAAGCCCGGAAAGUUCAGAAUCAUCUUCUCUCCUACUGAUGGAAGUGCUGGCAAGGAAUGGGAGGUGUUUGAUUUCCCUGCCGGUGGCUGUGGGAUGGGCAUGUACAACACAGACGAGUCUAUUACAGGCUUUGCACACAGCUGCUGCCAGUACGCCAUCGCCAAGAAGUGGCCCCUUUACCUGAGCACGAAGAACACCAUCCUUAAAGCCUAUGAUGGCAGAUUUAAAGACAUCUUCCAGGACAUCUUUGAGAAGCAUUACAAGCCACAGUUCGACAAACUGAAGAUCUGGUAUGAGCAUCGGCUUAUCGAUGAUAUGGUUGCUCAAGUGUUGAAGUCCGAUGGAGCCUUCGUGUGGGCUUGCAAGAACUAUGACGGUGAUGUCCAGUCUGAUAUUCUUGCACAGGGUUUCGGCUCCCUGGGACUGAUGACAUCCGUCCUCGUCUGUCCUGAUGGCAAGACUAUUGAGGCUGAGGCAGCUCAUGGGACUGUGACAAGGCACUAUCGCGAGCACCAGAAGGGCAGACCCACCAGCACCAACCCCAUUGCCAGCAUUUUUGCCUGGACCAGAGGCCUGGAGCACCGAGGCAAACUUGAUGGCAACCCCGACCUUAUCAAGUUCUCACAGACUCUGGAGAGAGUGUGCGUGCAGACCGUCGAGAGUGGCGCUAUGACCAAGGACCUCGCAGGCUGCAUCCACGGCUUGUCCCAUGUGAAGCUGAACGAGCACUACGUGAACACCACAGACUUCCUCGAUGCCAUCAAAACAAAUCUGGAUAAAGCCCUGGGCAAGUGAAGGACUUGAAAGAACAUAGCUGGCAUAGAGAUGGCAUUGUCUCUCUUUAUGUUUUUGUACCUCAUUUUUAACUUAAAAGGUCAAUAAAAUCCACUUGCAUUUCACCGGAAGGGAAAUACGAUGCUGUCCGUAAAAAUAUGUUUUCUUCUAAGAUGUUAAAUGGUCGAGUCGUCCCUCCACCCGACGGCCCCCUAACUACCUGCUCCAUUAUGUGCAAGGUUUUAUUUUUGUAACGUGUACUGUAUUCAAUAAUGUGCCUUCACUGAGCAAGACUGAAACCUGUGUCACACAUACUUGCCAAUAAAUCUCCUUUUGACCCAU